AUGUUGAAACCAUUCCAGAUCAGGGAUCUUCAUCGCUCUCCAUCCUCCUCGCAGGAGAAUAACGGAGAGCCGAGCAGCGAUAUCCUCCAAGACACUCCGCCCAGUCCACGCCGUCCGGGCAUCGUCGCUGUCUCGGCAUCGCAGUACAACGACAUAGCUUCUUCUCAUCCCCACGCUCGUCUGACUUACAUUGAUGAUGACGAUGGAGAGCUUAUCACGGUUGGAUCUUCCCUCGAGCUUUCGCAGCGUCUGGACGAACCUGUUCCCGCCUCAACUGACCCAUACCUACACUCGCAACCCUCAGACCUCGAUCCGAUGCAUAUAUUCGACGUCCGACGGUCAACCCCGGUAAUUGAGUUGUGGAAAAAGCACGAAUACAUACCCCACAAGGAGAAUGUCCCGGCCGUAACCCACACUAGUGUGGCAUCACCAAACAGCGAACCAUCGGUUCCCAGUGUCGAGAAUGACGGAGAGGAGACGCAAAACGAUAACGGAGCUACUGCUCCUACGGUGCGGGAUGAGGCCGAACCACUCAUGGCUGCAUUCGAAGCCGAAAUGGCCAAGAUUCUCAGCGCCUCGGAGACGCUCAACGAGAACUCUGCUCAUGAAGAAAAUACUUCCCCCCCGACAGAGGACCAGAACAGGCCGACGGCCGACAGGCUCCAAAUCCCCACCGAAAGCUUCAUCAAUGCCAUGCAGAACCUGGUUCAUGGGGCUGAAACACUCAGUUCUGGAGUCAGAGCCAGACUGCCAGAGAUCGAGCGACAGUUCCAAAAUGCUCAAAGAGCGCUUCCAGGCCCCGUCGGUUCCUCCAUGCAAGUGGCACUCACAGCCUUGGAAGGUCAAGCGAGGAACCUGGUCAGUGCAAUCAAUAAUGCCUCGACCGCUGGAGGGCAGAGUCCAGCAAACCUCUUUCCGAGAGAGUUACCGACCGCCGCUAAUACCGUGGAGAGUCUACGAAGCAUGGCGUCCGAGCUUGGCCAUAUGGGACACACUUUGUUUGAAGCAUUCGAAAACGAGCUUGGAUGCAACACCCGAAGAUCUCAGAAUCAAGCGCCAUCUGCCGUGACCGCUUCGUCUGUCACUGAUGCUGCAGGUCCAGCACAUGCAGACGACAAUGAUGGCCGCACUGAGAAUGCACCCAACGCAACCAAUGCCAACCCUACCACGGCCCCUCCAGCUGUGAACUUAGAACACGCGAAGGAACCGACGACCUCGGAUAUAGCAGAGAUUUCACCGGAGCCUGUACCUGCACAAGAGGCUGCGGGCACGGAGCCCGUUUCACAACCUCCCCAUCACAACGAUGGCGCUCGCUCGCGCCAAUCCGUACCCCCUGGAGCAUUCUCAUCCCCUUAUGACGUCUGGCCGCUUUCCCACGGCCCAUUUGGCCCGCCACCUCAUCGACCACGUGGACAUCAUCACAUCCCCGGCGCUUUCCCACCGCACCCGCCGCCGCCGCCUCAUUUCCCUCAUCCUGCGAUGGGUUGGCCUUGCGCCGGUCCCUCCCACGGCCAUUCCAGAGCGCCUUUUGCUCCUCCUCCUCCUCCUCCUCCUCCCCCUCCUUUCCCAGGCCCCCCUCGACCUCACAGGUCGUCGCAUCACUUCUCCCUCGAUCCCCGGCCUUAUGGACCUUGUGGCGGUCUGUAUCCUGCUGCCCCUUCUCACGCGAAAACAUCGAAUCGCUCUUCGCCCGGUCGCUCUGCACAAACAGCACUGUUCAUCGGCAACGUCGGGUUCAACGUUAAUGACAAGAUGAUCCGCGAUGUCUUUGCUGCAAAAGGAUUCCUUGUCGAUGUGUACCUUCCGUUGGACUCGGUCACGCAGAAGCAUGCAGGUUUUGGUUAUUUGCAUUUCCCUUCGGUGCAUGCAGCAACAGCAGCAUUAAAUGGCCUCCAAGGCACCCUGAUUGACGGUCAUUCAAUCAAUCUUGAGUUCAGUGAUCCGUCACCGUUUACCGCAUUGAAUGCAGCCAAUGAACCUCAACAAUCGCCGGUUUCCCGCCAUGCGCCAAGUCCUUCGGAGCUUCAAACCUCGCGAGGAGAGGCGGAGCCCCCUUCUGAGCAGCGGCCUGAGAACAACGGCAGGCCAUUGCCUCUCAGUGUAGCAGAUAUGUGCUCUGUCAACGGCAACGCCCGGAACGAGUCGGCUAAGACUAACGACUCGGAUAGCUCUGAGCGACUCAACGCACUCUAUCCUUCACUUGUGCCCCAGAGCACCUCGCAACGCUCUGAUGCCAGCGCUACUAGGUCCCCCUCGGACCUCAUUCGACCAAUGGAAGGGGAAAACCAUUUUCCUCCUAUCUCUCAGUUUGAUGCGCUUUUCUUGAAAGAGCAGUAUGAAAAGGGAGACUCUUCUCACAGCUCAUCGUCUCGAACCGAGCCGACUGCUACUCAAGGGCCCGUUGUUGGUCGGUCUACAUCUCCUAACAUUCCUGGGGCCUUCCCAGAGGCUCAGAAACCAUCUCUGACGGCAGCCCCAUCAACGAAUUUCCAGCGAACCAACAAUCAGAACACAAGCGCCGAGGCUCAAGGUUCCCGCCGCUCGAAGACUGUGAGGACCCUCCACCCUUCUUGGAGACACUCUGGUCCCUGGGAGUCCAACUCGGAAGGACCAUGUUCCGACAGAUCGCUGAGACGGCGGGCCACUGAGCGUUCUUCGCUUCGUUCAGGCUGGUCUUCGCAUCCUCAUACUGGCAAUGCCAGGCCAUCACUUGGGGGUACCGCCCAGAGCGAUAUGGCCCAGAGAGAUAUAUCCCCUCGGCUUGAUGCUAGACAGCGCAGUAUUGCGGACUGUGUUUCGACCUUGGCCAGACUAGGCUACGGAAGCUCCGAGGAGGGUGGGCUGCAACGCAUUGGCGUGUAUGCAGCCGCCGCUGAUGGUAGAGUCCUCGAUGCAAUCGAUAUGAUUGAGGAGGAACGCAAGGCGUAUGCGCAGCGACGCCAUUAG